AUUUUUGUAAACAAACAUUGUUGACCCAAGAGUACAUUGUUAUAACCUAAAACUGUUGACUGUGUAUCGCCAAAAGACUGAAAAUGACCCAAUUCUAGUGUAUUUUCUUAUUUUCUUCAAUACGUGAUUACUAUAUCAUUUAAAGCUAUGACUUUACUGCACUUUAGUGUUACAUUCAUAUUUUUAUGUGCAGCUUUUUAUUGCAAUGCACAAAACGUUAUAUAUUCGGGUCCGGGGUUACAACCUCAAACUAUCGUUAUGCCUGCAAGAUAUUUCUUUGUUAAUUUUACACAUGUCGAUGAAGAAACGUAUUCGUUGAAGUUCGCACAAAGCUUCGCUGUAGAAAUUACUGGACAGUCCCUAAAAAAAGCUCGUUGUAGAAUAUGGUCCAACGUCUUAGAUAGGAAGGAUGGCACAUUUAUUGUACGAUACAAAAUAUAUGAAGUUUGUUCAAAAUUGUCUAUUAAUAUGUUUUAUAUGAGUAAACAUAUAAAAGAUUCUCCAAUCACAUUUGAUGGUCCAAUUCUUCCUGAUCAGUGUGCAUGCCCAGAGAAAGAUCUAAAAUUGUGGCUAAAAAAUAAUCAAUGUCCGAAAACUUAUGAACAAAUCAAUAAGGAUCUUGAACCAUUUAAAAAUGUGCAAAUGAAAACUCAAAUUAAAACAAUAAUUAAGAAAUAUCACAAUCCAGAUAGUACAAGUUUUUGCCAUUAUGUUAUAAAAAAUAAUGAAAUUUAUAGAGACUGCUAUGGGAAACAUGUGGGUUUUAACAUGUUUGCUGAUAAUGUACUGUUGUCAAUUACUAGAAAAGUUGUUUUACCUGAUAUGGAGUUAAUGAUUAAUCUAGGUGAUUGGCCACUGAUUAGGAAAGGAAGUGAGCCACUGCCUAUGUUUUCUUGGUGUGGUAAAGAUGACUCCCUUGAUAUUGUGAUGCCAACAUAUGACAUUACCGAGUCAACAUUAGAAAAUAUGGGAAGGGUAACACUAGAUAUAUUAUCAGUACAAGGAAAUGUAGAACACCAAUGGAAAGACAGAGAACCAAAAGCAUUUUGGAGGGGCCGUGAUUCUCGGGCUGAAAGAUUGAAACUCAUAGAUAUAGCAAGAGCUAACCCAGAUUUGAUCAAUGCAUCUUUAACAAACUUUUUCUUCUUUCGAGAUAAAGAGGAACAGUAUGGCCCUAAAAUUCCUCAUAUAUCAUUCUAUAAAUUUUUUGAUUAUAAAUAUCAAAUCAAUAUAGAUGGAACUGUAGCUGCAUAUAGAUUACCAUACCUUCUGGCUGGGGGUGCUUUAGUCCUAAAGCAAGAUUCACCUUAUUAUGAACAUUUUUAUAGACAACUUAAACCUUGGGUGCAUUAUGUACCAGUAUCAAGAGAUCUCUCAGACUUAAAGGAAAGAAUACUUUGGGCCAAAGAUCAUGAUGUUGAAGCUUACAAAAUCGCUAUAAAUGCCAAAGAGUUUGCAAAUGAAAAUUUAUUACCACAACAUAUUCUUUGCUACCAUGUAGUUUUGUUUUCUGAAUGGAGUAAAAGGAUAAAAGGUGAAAUAACAGUAAAGAACAAUAUGACACAUGUGCCACAAGCAAAAUAUGAAUGUGAUUGCAACUUGAAAAAUCAGAUGAGCCAUGAAGAGUUAUAGUAAUUAUUUAUGUAUGAUAGGACACAUUGAUUAAACCAGGGCAAUCUCAAACUA